AAAAAAAAUAAGGGAACUUCAAACACGAAUACAACAACAAAAAAAUCCGAAUGUGGAGCAGGCAUUGUAGAAGACAGUUGGAAAAGGGACCUUCCUGGGUGACGGUCGCCAGAAAAAGUACUUCUUGCUGAGUUCCUCCAGCGUUUUGUUUUACUGCCGGUGAGGCCUCCCGUACAUCGGGCACUUUCGCUCCAUCUUACCGAUUACCUGGAGGCCACAAUUUAAUUCGACGUGACAUCUCCAUUCGGACAUGAAAAUGGCAGUUAUUACUACAGUAAAUUAUGACAAUCUCCUAGUCACCAUUCAGAAAUCCAAAUUGGUUCGGCAUCUGGAUCAUCAGGAAGGCCAAGUCAGGGUUCAGCAGUGGAAAGAGUGAGUGAGCAUCUUCAAGUUCCUGGGCAACAUCUAAGAGGAUCAAUCCUGGGCCCGACAUACUGAUGCAAUCGCAAAGAAAGCAUACCAGUGGCUAAACUUCCACAGAAGUUUAAGGAGAUUUUGUUUUAAGUCAAAGACUCUACAACAUUUCUACAGAAGUACUAUGGAGAGCAUUCUGACUGGUAGCAUCACCACCUGGUAUGGCAGCUCCAAUGCAGAGAACUGGAAAAAGCCUCAGAGGGUUGUAGUCUCAGCCAGCUCCAUCAUGGGGACCAGCCACCCAAUCAUCGAAAGAUAUCUUGACCCUAGCUCAAAAGGCAGCAUCCAUUAUUAAGGACCCUCAACAUCCAGGACAUGCCUUCUAAGGGAGGAGGUACAGGAGCCUGAGGACGCUCGAUCAAUGUUUUAGAGACAGCUUCUUCCCUUCCACCAUCAGAUUUCUGAAUGGUCAAAAAGUUCGAAGUAGGUUUAUUAUCAAAGUAUGCAGAUAGAAUACAACUGUGAGGUUAGUCCUCCCACAGGCAGCCAUGAAACGAAGAAACACCGUGGAACCCGUUCAAAGAUAAACAUCAAACACAAUGAGAAAAAGAACAAAUUGCACAAAUGGCGAAAAGCAAGCAAACAACAUGUGGAAUAUCAACACUAAACCUGGAGUCCAGGGGUAUUUAUUUUAGUUCAGUUCAGCAUCACGUCGCUCGUCCACUGCUGGCCCCGGAGCCUGUUUUCACCGAAGCAUCCCAGUCAGCAUCAACCGCUCAAAUAAACCACUCAAAAACAGCAAAAAAAGUAUCCAGAAACACAUGCAAAGUCAAUGAAUUUCAGCUCGCUAUUUCAUUAUUUUUUGUAUGAUUUUCAUUUUUUAAAAUAUUUCUUAUUGUAACUUAUGGUAUUUUAAUAUAUUUGCUGUAUUGCUGCCACAAAACAACAAACUUCAUGACAUAUGUCAAUGAUAAUAAACCUGACUUGGAUUCUGAUUCACUUGGACCUUGUUUCCCUAAAUUUUGACCAGGUUUCCAUUUACAGAUUUUUAUAUCAGAAUAUUGUGCAACGUUUACAAAUCAUCUCCAUCGUUAAAUGUGUCAAUGGCAUGAGCAACCAUGGUCUUGACCAUGAUUAUUCUUGGCAAAUUUUUUGACAGAAGCCAUUUGCCAUUGCCUUCUUCUGGGCAGUGUUGUUACAAGACGGGUGACCCCAGCCAUUAUCAAUACUCUUCAGUGAUUGUCUGCCUGGUGUGAGUGGUCACAUAACCAGGACUUGUGAUAUGAAUCAGCUGCUCAUACAAUCAUCCACCACUUGCUCCUAUAGCUUCACGUGACCUUGACAGAGGGGCUAAGCAGGUGCUACACCUUGCCCAAGGGUAACCUGCAGGCUGGUGGAGGGAAGGAGCACCUUACACCUCCUUUGGUAGAGACGUAUCCCCACCCCAUUUACAAAUAACUGGUUUUAAAAGUCCAGUCUGGCACCAUCAAAGUCCUGAAUAUUCCUGAUUAUUGGAGUUUUACUUCAGUUGUAUAUUUAUCUGUGCACGUAAUGGAUAUCUGAAAUAAUUUCACUCCUGUGAGACUAAGCAUUGUUAUCACUGAGGCCUGACAUGCUCAUUCUGUCAGAAACGUCAAAGCAAGUAAUCAUGGUAUAAUUAACAGAACCUUGGGAAGACUGGAUUGAGGAAGCGUUUGAGCGUAAGAAAGCCAAACACCAGCUGCUGGUUGAGCAGUGCCAGGGGCAGGGGUGAAGCGCACGAUGAGAGCCUAUAUAGGUGGGAUGUAGAGAUUUUGCUGGCUGCUUGUUUGCAGAAUUUACUCUCACCUUGGCAUCAUGGGGGGCUGCAAAGAAAAGAGCCACCAGGACUCUCACAGGGGCUACUGAGUGAGCCUCCAGAUGGCCCGUGGACCAAGGCUGCUAGGAUACAAGCCAGGGCCUGAUCAACCUGAGCUGAGUGGGAGUGUCUGAUGUUGAAACACCCGAUGACCACAGGCUACAUCACCGAUGAUGUGUCGCAGCGCAUCCUAGGAUGUAUCUCUGCAUCAUUGUAAGCCACCCUUAUGCCACAGGCAGCACACCACUGAUGUAUUGUACCCAGUCUGGAAGGUUUAUCCUCCACCAUUCAUAAUUUGGAUCAGGCUUGGUGGCUUGGCUAAAGAUGUGAAUUUCCUCCUGAUCCCAUGAUGUUUCUUUGAAGAUGAACUGAUCCACCAUCUCUAUACAAACAAGAUCUGAUCCAUUGCAUCACACAAGGCAGUCCAGAUUAAUCACGCCCACAGAAUUGACAGAAUCGCCAGAAGGAUAAGACACACCCACACUGAGACAGAGUUGUCUGGAGAGGUGCCAAAAUGAACUGUUCUGAAUCUUCAGAUUCAACUAAUUGUGAGACACAUCAGCUGACAGAUGACCACAGCUGGGAAGUGAAGGCUAACAACGUGAGGUACCACACUCAGAUUAAGGAACGUGCCUUCCUCUGCUUUAAGAAGCGGAAAUAUGCUGACAAUAAAAUCAAGACCUCUAAGUACAACAUUAUUACAUUUCUACCUCGAAACCUGUUUGAACAGUUUCAACGAGUCGCUAAUUUCUACUUCUUGCUGAUUUGCAUCCUCCAGACUAUUCCAGCAAUCUCCACAUUGCCAUGGUACACGACAUUGAUUCCACUGACAUUUGUCCUGGCAGUGACAGCAGUGAAGGACAUCAUUGAUGACAUUGCACGCCAUAAAAAUGACCAAAAGAUCAACAACAGACCAUGUGAUGUCCUUGUGGGCCGGAGUUUCAAGCUUACAAAAUGGAAAGAAAUCCAAGUAGGAAAUUUGGUGUGUCUGAAGAAGGAUGAGUUUGUUCCAGCAGAUCUUUUCUUGCUGUCUACCUCUGAGCCAAACAGCCUGUGUUAUGUUGAAACGACUGAAAUUGAUGGCGAAACUAACCUGAAAUACAGACAGGCACUAAGCGUCACACACUCUAAAGUGAAUACCUUGGACCAGUUAGCAGAGUUUGAUGGAAGAAUAGUCUGUGAAAAGCCAAAUUGUGACCUGCACUCAUUCACAGGCACUCUGUACUGGCAGAACCGAGAGUAUUCACUCAACAAUGAGAGGAUAUUAUUGCGAGGCUGUAGGAUACGAAAUACAGAAAAGUGCUAUGGGGUGGUUAUAUUUGCAGGAGUGGAUACAAAAAUAAUGAAAAACAGUGGGAGAUACACCUUGAAGAAAACCAGAAUUGAGCUUCUCAUGAACCGCGUGGUGUUGUUGGUCCUCUUUAUCCUGGGUGGCAUAUGCUUCCUCCUUGCUGUUGGAUCUGCUGUCUGGGAAGUGAAAGUUGACGAGAAAGCUCCCUACCUUGUCACCAAACUGAAAAAUGUCACUCCUGGAUACCAGGGUUUUCUGGCCUUCUGGGGAUAUGUAAUCAUCAUGAACUCUAUCCUCCCGAUGUCACUCUAUGUCACGUUUGAACUUCUCCACAUUGCCCAGAGUUUAUUCAUUAACUGGGAUUUGAAGAUGUAUUGUGAAGAGAGAGACACUCCAGCCAACGCGAGAACAACUACCCUGAAUGAAGAACUGGGUCAGAUCAAAUACAUUUUCUCAGAUAAAACUGGCACUCUGACCCAAAACAUCAUGGCCUUUAAGAAAUGCUGCAUUGGUGGACAGAUCUAUGGUAAUCAAUAUGAUGAUGACGAAAUAGCAAAUGUGGUUGACCUGAGCUGGAACACGUUUGCGGAUGGAAAGCUGAAGUUCUAUGAUGGGUUACUUUUGGAACAGAUCCGCUCGGGAAAUGAGCCAGGAGUCCACAAAUUCUUUAAACUGCUAGCUCUUUGUCACACAGUCAUGGUGGAGGAGAAGCAGGGCCAGCUCGUAUACCAGGCCGCUUCUCCAGAUGAAGAGGCCCUGGUGACUGCAGCGAGGAACUUUGGCUUUGUGUUUCUGUCUCGUACGCAGGACACCAUCACCAUCAGUGAGCUAGGAGUGCAGAGGACGUACACUGUGCUGGCCAUUUUGGACUUCAGUAGCAGUCGCAAGAGAAUGUCUGUUAUCUUGAAAGAUUCAGAAGGGAAGAUUAAACUGUACUCCAAAGGAGCAGACGUUGUGAUAUACGAGAGGCUUCAGCUCAACUGUUCCCACAAGGAAAGUACUCAGAAAGCCCUCGAUUUCUUUGCAACAGAAACUCUGCGGACUUUGUGCCUGGCUUCGAAAGAUGUGGAGGAAAACUACUUCAGUGACUGGAGCCAGAGGCAUCAGAAAGCCACCGUGGCAUUACAGAACCGUGGAAGGUUGCUCGACGCCUUGUAUGAAGAAAUUGAAACAGAUCUGGUGCUCAUCGGAGCAACAGCCAUAGAGGAUAAAUUGCAGGUUCGAGUCCCCGAAACCAUUCAGAACUUGAAAGCUGCAGAUAUUAAAAUCUGGGUCCUGACCGGAGACAAGAAAGAAACAGCCAUUAACAUUGGAUAUUCCUGUAAGCUGCUGUCAGACCAAAUGGAGCUGUUUGAAGGCAGUGAAAUUGAUGUUGCUCUGGAGAAACUGCAGAAGAACAAGUGUCCGUACAAAGAUGUCAAUGCUGUAGGCAUCUCGGAAGCUAUGAGGAGCAGCGAGGAGCCCGACUUCCUGUCGUGUAACAACAAAGCAUUAAUUAUCACCGGCAGCUAUCUGGAUAAAUUCAUCAAGCGCACAGAACGGCAUAAGAGGAAGAAUCGGCCCCGGUGGAAGCUGAGGUCUGUGAUUAAUCCGGAGGUGAGGGCAGGCACGUGUUGUGAGGCGGAGGAGCGCGAGCAGGCAUUCGUGGAGCUGGCCUGCCAGUGCCAGGCUGUCAUCUGCUGCCGCGUCACCCCCAAGCAGAAGGCAUUGGUGGUCCAGCUGGUGAAGAAGUACAAGCGAGCUGUCACACUGGCCAUUGGCGAUGGCGCCAACGACGUCAAUAUGCUAAAAACCGCACAUAUCGGAGUGGGAAUCAGCGGACAGGAAGGCAUGCAGGCCGUUCUCUCCAGUGACUACUCACUCGCACAGUUCUGCUACCUCGAGCGGUUGCUUCUGGUUCAUGGCCGUUGGGCGUACCUGAGGAUCUGCAAGUUCCUGAGAUACUUCCUCUACAAGACCUUUGCCUUCUCCUUCAUCCAGGUCUGGUUUGGAUUCUAUAAUGGAUUUUCUGGUCAAUCCGUUUUUGAACAAUGGUGCAUCUCCUUCUACAAAGUGGCUUACAGCUGGCUGCCUGUGCUUGUGCUGGGGGUUAUGGACAAGGACAUCAGUGACACUCUGAGUAUCAAGUCACCUAAGUGCUACAAAAUCGGACAGCAGAACGAGCUGUUCAACUACAAGAUCUUCUCAUUUACUCUACUUCACGGACUUCUAAGCUCACUGGUUUUGUUCUUCAUUCCGUAUGGAGCAUUCUUGGAGAAUGUUGGCCAAGAUGGCAUAUCUUUGUCAGAUUACCAGUUUUUGUCCAUGACAGUCGGUACUGCUGUGGUGCUGACUGUCAAUGUUGAGGUAAUGUUGGAGUUUUCCUACUGGACUGUUCCCUCGGUGUUGUCUGUUGUCAUCAGUGUUUGCCUCUAUUUUGGCAUCACCUUUUUAACUCAGAGCCCUUUCCUGACUCGGCUGAAUCCAGAAAUGUUCCAAUUCAAUGGAGCAGCUCUGAAUGCUUUCAAACAGCCGUUGUUUUGGCUCACCAUCCUAUUAGCCGUCACUAUCAAUAUUAUCCCUUCUACUACAACCCGAUAUCUUCUACGAGUCUUUGGUUCCAAAGCUGCUGGACGUGCAACUUAUGAAAAAGAACAAAUGGAAAACAAUAAAGUCACAAAUUUCCAGAGAUAUUCAUCAAGUCGUCGGUCAGCGUAUGCUUUUUCACAGAACAAGGGUUAUGGUGACCUCAUUACCUCUGGAACAAGCUUGCAGAAGAAGCAAGUGAAUUUGGAAGCAAGCUGUGCUCAACCUGUGCCCAACGGAGAAGACAAUGUGUUGGAGGAGAGAUUCUGAAGAUUCUAUCAUUCUACAGAGAGGCUGAAAGUAGUUCUGAUACCAUUUCAUGGGACAUAGAGGAUCUGAGAUUUACAAGACAAUUUUUGACCAGAAACACUUGAAUGUAACAGUGCCUUUGCUCCCAAUGGCUUUGUCAUGGAGCCCUACAUCACAGAAACUGACCCUUCAGCCCCUUGAGUUGGUUCUGACCAGCAAACUUCCAUUUACAUUAAUCUUUCACUAAUUUUCACUAAUCCUCGUUCUUUCCAUCCCCUCCCGCCCACCUAUACCAAGAAUGGCAUGGUAGUGAAGUGGCUAGCAUAACACUAUUACAAUGCCAGUGAGCCCGGUUCAAUUCUAACUGCUGUCUGUAAGGAGCUUGUAGGUUCUCCCCAUGACCCUGUGGGUUUCCUCCCACUGGUCACAUGGGUGUAAAUGGGUGGCAUGGGCUCAGUACACCAGAAGGGUCUCUGCCAGACUGUAUCUCGUUUAAAAGAAAAGAACAAUCGAAUAAAAUAUAAUCAAAUCAAGUUUAAUAAUUACUCGAGCAUACUUCGAUAUAGCUGAAUAAAACAGUGUUCCUUUGGGGCCAAGGUGCAAAACAUAUGAAGCACGUUCAAAAUAGCAAGCAAGAAACAUAGUCACACAACAAAAGACCCUAAGUGACGUGUCCUGCAAAUUGAUUGUACAGAUUCCCAGCAGUGCGCAGCUACCUCAAUCCAGCCUGUCAUUCCACCAAUCGACACUGGGGGCAGCACUGAAGCAAGGGCGCCACACUGCACCACCUCCGGCGGCUCCUCUUUGCGGUGGUCAGAUGAGUC